AGGGGUUGGUGUCUAUCCCUGAGAGGCGCUUGACCUGGAGCCGGUUGCAGGGUCCUACGGCUAAGAAGGGAGCCCUUCCACGGCACACACCCCUACUGGCUGGAGUAGCCGGGUCCCUUGGUAGCGCCGGGGAUGUGACUGCUCAGCGGCGGCAGAGUGUGAAGCCGGGGGAGGGGUGUCACGGAGAGACCCCUGGCUCGGGGCAGCUGAGGCGCCGGGCCUCCUCCCCUGUGACCGCCUCCCGGUUCGGGACUGCGGGAGUCCCUCGUCCUUUACAGCUCUGCUCUAGCUCUGGACCAUCCAGGGUGGUCUCAGUUUCAGCCUACCUGGGACACUCAGUUUCCUGAGACGUGGAGGAGCGUCGCCCCGAGUAAGCCGCCCGCGCCCCGCCUGGGGAAGUCUCUUUCUCACCCCGAGGCCGUCCUUCGCUCGAUCCCAACCCCAAGUUUGGCCACGGAACCCCUCAUUCAAAUCAUCUCCCUGCUGUCAAGAGAUCUCCGCGGUCCUCCCAGAUUGCUUCCGCCGGCCUCCGAUGUCCUGACUUCUUCCAAUGUCACCUACAGCCCCAUUGGUCUCGGUGCAGCCCAAAACUUUAAUGCAAAGGAAAAGUCUGGAUUGGUUUCACAGGCCUUUUAAAAAGCGGACUUAAAGGUUGCUGGCCAUGCAUUCCUUCUCGGCGGAGUGGAGAGCAAGCUCUGGUUGAGAUCUGUGUGACCGGUAUCUUUCCGGGAGAGCAGGGUAGGGAAGAGAGGGCAGGAAAUUGGUUGGAGAGACAGAUAGGGGAUUGGUGACUUCCACAGGAGAAGGUGCAGAGAGCCGUCAAAGAUGUUCUGUUUCCAGCCCGCUGGGGAGUUGAAAUGACUUUUAGUACUGUUGAUCCUUUUCAGACUUCCCUGUGGAUGUUUCUAUCUAAAAUUCUCUUCUUGCAAAGAAACUCUUCCUCAGCCCUCAAAAUACACUUAGAAUCAAGAAACUUUUGGGUAGCGUUGCGAUUACAUGACUUCAAAUUAAUCAACUUGGAAUAGAAUUCCAGACUCCUGUUUACACGUGUGGACCUCAGACCCAGUUUCCCGUUCUCAUGGAAGUCGUCUUUCUGUGAUUGACCCCAUUUACUGCCGUGGGAGGCAGUGGUGUGAAGUUCUGGGUACAUACUGUUUUCUGCUAAUCCCCACGGAUCAUUCUGGAAGAUCUUGAACCCUCUUCUGGAAAAGGGUGCCUAUCAUUCAUUGCUUUAUGGGGCAGCAGCCUGGAAAAGUUCUUGGGGACCAAAGAAGGCCUAGUUUGCCCGCCCUGCAUUUUAUCAAGGGGUCAGGGAAGCGAGAGUCAUCACGGCAUGGGGGCCCACACUGCAACGUGUUCGUGGAACAUGGGCCUAUAGUGCCAGAAGAAGGCAUCAGAAACCCUGGAACUGGAGUUACAGAAGCCCUACAGAGGCCAGUGGCAUCUGACUUUGAGCCCCAGGGUCUCAGUGAAGCAGCUCGAUGGAACUCCAAGGAAAACCUUCUUGCUGGGCCCAGUGAAAAUGACCCCAACCUUUUUGUGGCACUAUAUGAUUUUGUGGCCAGUGGAGAUAACACUCUCAGCAUUACUAAAGGUGAAAAGCUCCGGGUCUUAGGUUAUAAUCACAAUGGGGAAUGGUGUGAAGCCCAAACGAAAAAUGGCCAAGGAUGGGUCCCAAGCAACUACAUCACUCCUGUCAACAGCCUGGAGAAACAUUCCUGGUAUCAUGGGCCUGUGUCCCGAAAUGCUGCUGAGUAUCUGCUGAGCAGUGGGAUCAAUGGCAGCUUCUUGGUGCGGGAGAGUGAGAGCAGUCCUGGCCAGAGGUCCAUCUCCCUGAGAUAUGAAGGGAGGGUUUACCACUACAGGAUCAACACCGCUUCCGAUGGCAAGCUCUAUGUCUCCUCGGAGAGCCGCUUCAACACUCUGGCUGAGUUAGUUCACCAUCAUUCCACGGUGGCUGAUGGGCUCAUCACCACGCUCCACUACCCAGCUCCCAAGCGCAACAAGCCCACCAUCUAUGGUGUGUCCCCCAACUAUGACAAGUGGGAAAUGGAGCGCACAGACAUCACCAUGAAGCACAAGUUGGGUGGUGGCCAGUAUGGGGAGGUGUACGAAGGUGUGUGGAAGAAGUACAGCCUGACUGUGGCUGUGAAGACGUUGAAGGAGGACACCAUGGAGGUGGAGGAGUUCCUGAAGGAGGCUGCAGUGAUGAAGGAGAUCAAGCAUCCUAACCUGGUGCAGCUGCUAGGGGUGUGUACCCGGGAGCCCCCGUUCUACAUCAUCACGGAGUUCAUGACCUAUGGUAACCUGCUGGACUACCUGAGAGAGUGUAACCGGCAAGAAGUGAGCGCCGUGGUAUUGCUCUACAUGGCUACACAGAUCUCCUCAGCCAUGGAGUACCUGGAGAAGAAGAACUUCAUCCACAGAGACCUUGCUGCUCGAAACUGCCUGGUUGGGGAAAACCAUUUGGUGAAGGUGGCUGAUUUUGGCCUGAGCAGGUUGAUGACAGGGGACACCUACACGGCCCAUGCUGGAGCCAAAUUCCCCAUCAAGUGGACUGCACCUGAGAGCCUCGCCUACAACAAGUUCUCCAUCAAAUCGGACGUCUGGGCGUUCGGAGUAUUGCUCUGGGAAAUUGCUACCUAUGGCAUGUCACCUUACCCAGGGAUUGACCUGUCACAGGUUUAUGAGCUGCUGGAAAAAGACUACCGCAUGGAGCGCCCCGAAGGCUGCCCAGAGAAGGUCUACGAACUCAUGCGAGCAUGUUGGCAGUGGAAUCCCUCUGACCGGCCCUCCUUUGCUGAAAUCCACCAGGCCUUUGAAACCAUGUUCCAGGAGUCCAGUAUUUCAGAUGAGGUGGAGAAGGAGCUGGGGAAGCGGGGCAUGAGAGGAGCUGCUGGCAGCAUGCUACAGGCGCCAGAGCUGCCCACCAAGACCAGGACGUGCAGGAGAGCUGCUGAGCAGAAAGACGCACCUGACACCCCUGAGCUUCUCCACACGAAGGGCCUGGGAGAAAGCGAUGUGCUGGACAGUGAGCCUGCUGUGUCACCGUUGCUUCCUCGGAAAGAGCGUGGGCCCCCAGAUGGCACUCUGAAUGAAGAUGAGCGCCUUCUUCCCAAGGACAAAAAGACCAACUUGUUCAGUGCCUUGAUUAAGAAGAAGAAGAAAAUGGCACCAACACCCCCUAAGCGCAGCAGCUCCUUCCGGGAGAUGGAUGGCCAGCCAGAACGCAGAGGGGCUAGUGAGGAUGAUGGCCGGGAAAUCAGCAAUGGGCCACCAGCUCUCACCCCCUCAGAUGCAGCAGAGCCUACCAAGUCCCCAAAGGCCAGCAAUGGGGCUGGUGUCCCCAAUGGAGCCUUCCGGGAGCCAGGCAGCUCGGGCUUUCGUUCUCCCAACCUGUGGAAAAAGUCCAGCACACUGACCAGCAGCCGUCUGGCUGCCAGUGAAGAGGAGAGUGGCAUUAGCUCCAGCAAGCGAUUCCUGCGCUCUUGCUCAGCCUCCUGCAUGCCCCAUGGGGCCAGGGACACAGAGUGGCGGUCAGUCACGCUGCCUCGGGACCUGCCAUCUGCCGGCAAGCAGUUUGACUCAUCCACCUUUGGGGGGCACAAAAGCGAAAAACCAGCUCUGCCUCGGAAACGAGCCAGUGAGACCAGGUCUGAGCAGGUGGCCAGAGGCACAGUGACACCCCCUCCUCGGCUGGUGAAGAAGAACGAGGAGGCUGCUGAUGAAGUCUUCAAGGACAUGGAACCCAGCCCAGGCUCCAGCCCUCCCAGCUUGACUCCCAAACUCCUCCGUCGGCAGGUCACUGCCUCUCCUUCCUCUGGCCUCUCUCACAAGGAAGAGGCCACCAAGGGCAGUGCCUCGGGGACUCCUGCCAGUGCUGAGCCGACACCCCCCAGCAGCAGAGUGGGUCCAAACAAGGCCUCCUCUGAGGAGACCCGAGUAAGGAGGCACAAGCACAGCUCGGAGUCCCCAGGGAGAGACAAGGGGCGGCUGUCGAAGCUGAAGCUCGCUCCGCCACCUCCACCUGCCUCCACAGGGAGGACCGGAAAGCCUGCCCAGAGCCCCGGCCAAGAAGUGCCCGGGGAGGGGGGCGGGACUGCGAAGACGAAAUGCUCAAGUCUGGCUGUGGAUGCUGUGAGCAGUGACCCCACCAAGGCUGGCCAGCCUGGAGAAGGACUAAGAAAGCCUGUGCCCCCAUCCGUGCCAAAGCCUCAGUCAGCUGGUAAGCCUCCAGGGACCCCCACCAGCCCGGUCCCCACACCCGCCACAGCAUCAGCGCCUUCAUCCGUGCCCGGAGACCAGCCAUCUUCUGCGGCCUUCAUCCCACUCAUAUCAACCCGCGUGUCUCUGCGAAAGACCCGCCAGCCGCCGGAGCGCAUCGCCAGUGGCACCAUCACCAAGGGUGUGGUUCUGGACAGCACUGAGGCCCUGUGCCUUGCCAUCUCCCGGAACUCCGAGCAGAUGGCCAGCCACAGUGCCGUGCUGGAGGCUGGCAAGAACCUGUACACAUUCUGUGUGAGCUACGUGGACUCCAUCCAACAGAUGAGGAACAAGUUUGCCUUCCGUGAGGCCAUCAACAAGCUGGAGAACAACCUCCGAGAGCUGCAGAUCUGCCCCGCGACAGCCUCCAGUGGCCCAGCUGCCACACAGGACUUCAGCAAGCUGCUUAGCUCUGUGAAGGAGAUCAGCGACAUCGUGCGGAGGUAGCAGCAGCCAGUGCAUGCCAGCCAGAGGUGCUGUAAUCUGUGGGGCUUUUGUGCCUGCAAGGAUGGGGGACAGAGGACUGGGGAGCUGGCAUCUUGGCCCAGGAGCUUUCCAGUGCAUCAGGCAGAGCCAGGGCCUGAUGUAAUCGGCCCUUCUACUUGUGUUGUGCACCAGCUGUUCUUUCCUCCUAGCCCAGGUACCAUAAGCCACUUUUUUUCACUGCCCAUGUGUGGGCCUCCUGCUCUGAAGACUGCAACUAGCCUGCCAGGCCACCAGGCUCCGAGGUCAACUGGGAGUGCUCACAGGGGCUAUCCUUUCCACGUUCACACAGGAGAACAUCCUCCUCUGACGCUCCUGGUCACCAAGGCAUGGGAGCCCCUGUGCUUAGGACCUGCCCCAGAGAGCCUGUGCUCAUUGUUCUCUCAUGUGGAGGAAGCUGUUGAUUUGAGGGUCAUGAGGUGCUGAAGCCAAGGGCCCAGGUGGAUGGGUACUGGAGCUGGAGCUGCGGCAGUGUGGUCUGUCAUCUGUUCUUUUUCUCCUCAGAGUGUGCCCUGCAGAUCAUGGGUAGCAAGAUUGAGUUUCAUGGGUGGCAGUCGCUCAUUGGCCAAGCCAAGAUUAGGGUUCCAGGGGGGCCCAAAGAUUGGAAUUUGUGAGCAGUCGUCUUCCCCUCCUAUGCUCCUGAGGUCCUCUCUGGUCCUUGUCUUGAUGGCGAGGGUCUGGUUUUCUAGUGGUUUUGAGCAUUUCAAAGCUCUGCACAGAAAGGAGCAACCAUUCGGCACAGGCAGGAAGGACUGCGGGCCCAGGGCUCUCAUGAGCCCUGACUGCUCCUCAGAACUGCUGCUUAGCUACCGAGAACAGUGCUUAGCCUAGUGUCCUGGGAGGCGCUGCAGCACGGGCUGGGGUGGAGAAGACUUUACAGGCUUAGCCAGGGCACGUCUUCCUUCCCCAGCAGCCAGGCCAGAGGUGAGCACACAAGGUUGUGUCUCCUUGACUGUGACACCGAGCAGCCAGCUGAAGAGCAGGUCCCCUCGGCUUGUCCUGGGCCACACCCCCUGCUCCUGCUCUGCGCUGCACUGCUCUGCGCUGGCCCCAGUCCCACACCAGUCACCUAGACUCGAGUUGUAUUUUCUGGUAGACAUGACUUCCUCUAGAUUGUUCUUCCAUGGUCCUCAGCACAUCACCUCCUUGCCUCCAACGGCUGUUCUGCAGCCCAGGGGAGGCAGUACCACACUGCCAGAAGCCUUGAAAACAGACACCCCCGUGCCCUGACACCAUGUUCACAAGGUACCGGUCUGUCGUUGCUGACAUGAUGUGCCACUAUUUUUUGCAUUAUACUUUGGUAUUACACUUUUUUAAUAGACAUGCUUUCUUAUCAAUGACAUGUAAAUAAUUCGCCGCUGUGCCCCUCUGGCACACCAAUGGCAUUCCUUUUUUCUCAGUCCAGUACAUUUUGUUUCUGUAUAUGACUCUGUUUUUUGAAUCCAAAUCUCUCUGUAGUAUUUUUUAAAUAAAUAAGUGUUUACAGAA